ACGGACGUACCGUUAAGACAAUAUGGACCAACAUAUACAAAAAAAGUGGGUUUACAUAUUAAUAUUGGCCAUGAUUUGUUCGUCAAUUUUGGCGCAUGAUUUAAGUAAAAAGCGAACAAUUUGCAGUAGUACUGAUCAGAAAAGGCAGUCAUCUAGUCAGCAAAUUCAAAAGCAUGAAGGACUUUGCUUUUCUCGUCCAUUGUCAAACCGACAUAAUGAACUUGCUUCAACAGAGUCUUCUACAAAGACGUUGGAAGUCCUGCUUGGUAAUCCCUUCCUAAUAAAGAACAUUUUAAAUAUAACAAGUACACUAGCAAAUCAAAAUAUUCAGAACGUUGAAGAUCCUAGUUUCGAAGAUGGCUUACUUUUAUCAUCAGCUACAAACGGGAAAGAAAGGAAAACUUCGUCGCGAUUGUCUGAUGGUACAAAUAGCGAAGAUGACGACAAGAAGACACUUUCACAACAAGUUAAGGAGGGUAAGUACGGUCUCAUUCAGAAUGAGAUUUAUUCAGUAAAACCCAAACGACCAGGUAUUAUCAGCUAUUUGUCCAAUUCCGAGGUCCCACAAGAUACCAUUAAAAAUCUUGGCGGUCUAGAUGAGGAAGAAAUUUGGCUCGCUGAGAAUCACGUAUUGGUACUGAAGGGUGGAAAUUUUCCUGAAUUAAGUACAGCAGUAGAACAACCUGCCGGUGGAUGGCUACCAAUUGAUAAUUAUAUAGCACCACGACGACAAGUUAAAAUUCCAGCAAAACCAAGGGUGCCACCUCCUUUCCCUGUUCAACUUAUUGACGAUGGACCUGUCGAACUCAUCGGUUCUAAUGAUACCAAUUUAUUCGAUAAUGAAACAGCCUACUUUAAUGCUCAUUCGGGUAAUUAUACAGGGUUUUUACCUGGCGAAGGACCUUAUUUUCCAAUAGCCAGUACGAGAAAUAAUAGCAAUGAGAUAACAUCAAGUUUGUUGGGAUUACCUAAAAAGAAGACUAAAGCUGAAAAUGUAUCAAUUUCAUUCUAUCCAGCUUUACCACCUGGUGCAGUAAUUGUCUCACCACCGAGCAAUCAAACCGAUUACGAUGAUGAGGAUCAAUCCAUCUACUAUCCUCCGCCUUAUAGUUUUCUUUAUUCACAAGAUAAUUCUACCAAUAUUCCACCUGGACCAUUAGUACCAGGAAUUAUUUUACCUCCACCGCCUGAUUUUUUUUCACCUUUAAAUGAAAUAAAGUCAACAACCAAAGAAAAAUAUGUAAAAAAUCUGAAUACUACCCUAAUGCCAACUCUUAGAGUCUCUUAUUUAUCACCUCGAAAAUCUAAUACCAAGCUCUACAAGACACCACUAGCUACACUCACUAGUAAUAGAGAUAAAACUAUGUCACAUAAUUCAAAAUCCUUUAUUAGAACAACGUUGAAGAACUCAACGUUUCACAAUUAUCAAUCAGAAAAAACUGCAACUCGAAAUUAUCGAACAAUGCCACUCAUUGAAUUUACAACACCCAUAUCAAUCAAUUCUACAACAAUAUCGAGCUUAGAAAAGUAUAAUAUGCAACAAAUACUUGGAAACCAGGUUGUAGAAAGCAGCACGGAAAAAACGCCGUGGAAAACUAUAAUUAACAAUAAAGCAGUUCCACUUAUAACAUUUUUUGCUACGACGACAGAUAUCUCAGUUGAACAAACCAUUGAGACAACGCCCACAGCUAUCAAUACUACAUUGACAACUGAGAAUCCAACACGCAUUCCUAGCCAAGCAUCUUAUUAUUUUUAUGAUGAAAGUAAUAGCAAAGAAACACAUACUCCUACUUCUGGCCCACUUGUAUUUUUCAGCACUACAUCUGAGACACCUCCAUAUUACAAGCUCGAGCAAUCAAAAGAACAGCAGGAACAACAACAGCAGCAACUGCAGCAACAUGAACAACAACAACCGCAACAGCAACAAAAGAGUAAAAAUGAAUAUUAUGAUGUCCAAAUGAUUCCAUCACAAGAAAUAACCAAAGAUUAUAAUGUGAAACUAAUAGAUUCAAUCAGAAAAGAUCCACAUGUGUACCGAUAUGUAGAUUCUGAUAUAACAAGCAGUCAAGAAAAAUUCGAAGUUCCAUCUAUUAAACAGCAGAGUCUUCGGACGUUACAUUCGAUACCAAUAUACUAUCAACCUCUUUCUACACGAUCAGCACCCAAACUGAGUUAUUUUACUACUCAAAAGCCUAAAACAUACUAUCGAAAGCCGCAAAUCAUUGAGCAUAAACCAAGUUCAAGUAAGUCUAAGCCGAUUUAUCAAUAUAGUUUUGAAGCUACUAAUUAUGAAAAAUCAAGAGCAGGAACUUGGACUCAAAAAUCGUCAAUUCCUAAACAACAGCAAAACUCCCAUAUUCAUCAGGAGAAAAUUCAUGAAUAUCGUCGUCAAAAAGAAGUACCUUUGUAUAAUGAUUAUCCAUAUAUUCAAACUAUAAACGAUCAAUAUGAUUAUGAAAACAGUGAAGUGAUGGUUGAACAGCCAGUACAAAUUCAGAAAAGUUCAUACGUAAGAGGUAAAAAAAAUAAACAGCAAUCCCAUUAUCAUCGACCGACGACAGCCACACCAUUGCAAAUCACUACGCUUGCAUCACAUCAGCAGUAUUUCACUAAACAAGAUGAGCAGUUACUUGAUGAUGUAACAAAAGAAUACUUUACCGUAUUUGGUAAAAAAUUAUCUAAUAAUAAGCUAUCAACCACACCUAUUUAUGGUAAAUCAAGCGUAACAGACAAACCAAUAUUUAGUAAUGUUAACGACUACGAGUCGAGACAAUACAAUGGAAGAGAAACUAAGCCAUUUAAGGCUUCUAAUAUCAAGGUACGAUAUGGCGAUCAAACGCCUGGUCCAUUUGUUGGCAAAGAUGAUAUUCUUGUAAACUUUAAACAUUCACCACAAUUACCGACUUUUAAUCCUAACAGUAAUUUUAUUUCGUUGGUAAAUAUUAAUCAGCAGUCUAAUACAGUUACUCCGAAAUUUAGGCCUCAGUCCGUACUAAAAUUGAGAAAUCAAGUUCGAGAGUAUGUAUUAUCGCCUGCGCAGAAUGUCCCACAACGCUUUGAUCAAACUAAAAAUUACGGAAGUGAUAGAUUAGAGCAGCAACUACAAACUCCACAAGAAGAUACAGCGAAUUCGUUCACACCUAACGAUGAACAACAGGAAGAAAUAAAGGAAACCGAAUAUUCAUCACGACCUCUUUCACUGGAAAGCGACAUCUUAGUCAAUUAUAAAAAUUCUCGGCCACCAAUUAAUCUGGAUUCUGAAUUUAUUGACAGAAAAAUACAGGGUCACGUAAACAGUAAUACUAAUAAAGCUAAUUCAUACUUUGCAUAUAGAUUACCUGGAGAUGGAGGGCAUUUUUAUUUUCUAACGCCUCAAGCUAUUAGACGAGAAGAUUCUACUGGAGGAUACCUGUAUUCAAAGCCAAGAUCUAGAUUACUCGAAAAAAGGCGCCGUUGAGCUAAAUAAUUUAUUCUGAAAUAAUUUUUAUUUUCAAACGCUAA